GUUUUUGAAUCUACAGUUGGCAGUAAUGAAGAAGCUCAGAUCCUGGUGCUACGUGAGAUGCAUGAAGUUUGGGAUCACCACCAGCAGAUGAUGGUUAUGCUAUGUGAUAAGUUCCUUCGCACCCAGAUUGUCUCGUGUGCUUCUGUAGCAAAUUGGAUAUUCAGCAAGGAAAUGAUGCCAGAGUUUGCAAAGAAUUACAUAUGGGAAAUUAUUCACGCUACCAUUCGAAAGAUGAACAAACAUGUUGGACGAUUACAACGGGAGGUUAGUGAGGCACGUGAGCAUCGAACUGGGAAUGAUUCCGACGAUUCAUCUUCAGAAGAUGAAGAACAGCGUCCACGACCUAGUGAAGAAGAAAUAGAAAGAAUGGAAGAAAAGCUUGAAGCUGCUCAGGCUGAUCAAAAGAAUCUCUUCCUUAUCAUAUUUCAACGUUUUAUUAUGAUCCUUUCGGAACAUCUUGUACGUUUUGAUACGGAUGGCCGGGAUUUCAAUACACACUGGUACCGCUGGACCAUUGGUAGACUCCACCAGAUCUUCAUGAUGCACAACACACAAGUGGAGCGUUACAGUCAGACGCUGAGCACCUUGCUCUUUACUCAAGAUCUUGAUCCUCAUAUUCUUGAUGCCUUCAAUCAAUUUGUUGCUCUUCGUUCAUAAAUACAUAUUCAAAUUAUUUGCUUGGAUAAUGUCUCUUAUGGCUGUGUGUGUAUUCACAGGUGAACUUUCAUCCAUUUAUUUAAUGUGCAGAAACUUGGAAAGUUUCCUUUUCUAUAAAAUAUUGCAAUAAUAUAUACAAGGUGUUAGCAUAUUUCUUUGCUAAGGUAUUUUUGACAGUAAAUAAUAACAUUCAUAUUGUGUCUAUUUUACAUUUUUUCUAUUGAAUUUGGCUAUGCAUUUUCAGUUAAAUAAUUAUCUGGUUUGAUUUAGUCCAGAUAAUUUUUAGGAGAACAUUGCUAAGGAAAUUUAUAUAAACAAGGAUUAGUGUUUUGGAAUGUAUUGGAGUAAAUUUUCAUAAGGUUCAAGGAGAUUAUACAAAACUAACCCCUUGAAUAUACUGAGACUGAGUUUGAUUUAUGUAAUCAGUUUGCUUGUAAAAUCUGAUGCUGGUUAUUAAUCUAUUAGUGUGACAAUAUAAUGGGUUAUCAUUUUAUGUACUAUGAAUAUCAGUGAUAUGAUAAUUAACCUUCAGUAUCUACCUUGAACACCAUGUUUUAACUUCAUGUAUUGUCAGAGGUACUGUACAUACCUCUUUUCACAAGUAUGUAAGCUCAGUGGCUUCUAUCAGAGUUAAUAUGUGCAGUUUUUACCAGCCAUGAUGGCAUACAGGGUGGAAAAUUAUUUUUAUUAUUUCUUUGGCUUCUGUACUGUAAUGGCUAUUCAGAAUAGUUUAAAGUGCAUUAUAUAAGCAUGGAUUGCUCCUGUCGGAGUAGCAUUGGUGAUGUUAGCAUUAAGGAUGAACUUCCUUAGAGAUUUUAUACCAGUAAAGACAAUGGACAUGCAUACAUAAUUAAUUAAAGCCCAGGAAAAGAGCUUGGAAGUCUUUAUAACUAAAUUUUAUACAUUA